AUUGAACAACUAGAACUGAGAUUUUUUCACCAUUGUUACCGCUCCUUCCAUAACGACCCCUUACCUGUGUCUCCACCAAAACCCACCAAUUCCAGUUUCCCAAACCCAUGAAUUCUUCCCCAUUAGCUUCUCCAAUUCAAUAAUCAAACACCCGCACCGCUACCCAGGUAGCUGCUUAGUUUAGAGAAACUUCACUUGAACUGGCUCUGUUUCCAUUCAAAGAUGACUGCUUUGGAAAUGGCUCGAGAUGGGUCCCUAGUUAAUUUGGAGACUCAAUCUCAAGCUAACAAGAAGACUGCAGCUUUAAGGAGCUGGAUUUCAUUGGACCAAGAUGGCCAAGGAACCGUUUUGGAUUUGGACAAGUAUGCUAUUAUGCGCCGAGUUAACAUUCACGCUCGAGAUCUUCGGCUUCUUGAUCCAUUGCUAUCCUAUCCUUCCACAAUUUUGGGCAGAGAGAAAGUCAUUGUUCUCAAUUUGGAGCACAUCAAAGCAAUAAUCACAGCGGAGGAGGUAUUGCUUAGGGACCCAUUUGAUGAUAAUGUGCUGCCUAUUGUUGAGGAACUUCAAAGACGUUUGCCUCCGACAAGUGCCAAUUUCAAUGGCCCAGGAGAAGAAGAAGACUCCGGGUUACAAAAAGAUGUUGAAACCAGUGAAGAUGAUGAUUUUCCAUUUGAAUUCCGGGCAUUAGAAGUUGCACUAGAAGCUAUUUGUACUUCUCUUGAUGCUUGCACAAGAGAACUAGAGAGGGAUGCUUAUCCAGCUUUAGAUGAGCUUACCUCCAAGAUCAGCAGUCGUAAUUUGGAUCGGGUGCGUAAGCUGAAGAGUGCAAUGACCAGGUUGACAAAUCGGGUUCAAAAGGUAAGGGAUGAACUCGAACAGCUACUUGACGAUGACGAUGACAUGGCCGACCUUUACUUAUCAAGAAAGUUGGUUGGGACUUCACCUGUGAGUGACUCUGGUGCUCCAAAUUGGUCUCUCGCCUCUCCUACUAUAACCAUAGGCUCUAAAGUAUCCAGAGCCAGCAGGGCAAGUGUAACAACAGUUCAGGAGGAGAAUGACGUGGAGGAGCUUGAGAUGUUGCUCGAGGCCUACUUUAUGCAAAUUGAAGGCACGUUGAAUAAAUUGACCACGCUGCGUGAAUACAUUGAUGACACAGAGGAUUACAUUAACAUCCAGCUUGACAAUCAUCGGAAUCAGCUAAUUCAGCUAGAGCUGUUUCUGAGUUCUGGAACUGUUUGUGUGUCUAUAUAUUCUUUGGUGGCUGCAAUAUUUGGCAUGAACAUUCCAUAUACAUGGAACGAAAAUCAUGACCACGUAUUCAAAUGGGUGGUGAUUACAACAGGAUUAGUUGGCGCAUCGAUUUUCUUGUUUAUAGUUUCGUAUGCUCGGCACAAAGGUCUUGUUGGAUCCUGAUACUCAUACCGUAUAAUCAGUUGGGGAGGCAAAACAUAGUGGAGCUUGCUGUAUCAUCAUCAUUUAAUAUCUUGUAUCCAAAUAUAGGCAUGAACAUGAUUAUAUUGGUUCAUUGAUUUACUUGUACUUAACA